UGAACAAAAUUGUUUCAUUCUGAUAAGUGUUGUGUCAAUAAGCAGUAGUAUGUCUCACGGUCAGUGACAAAGCUGAUUCUGCAUCGGAACAACUCUUUCGGUGUCGAAGCGAUCACGCGACUCCACGCAGGGCCGAAGAGUAACAAAACGCGAAUUGUUGGCCGCAGCAAUUCAGCAGGUCAGUCGAGUUCGAGAGAGCUUACGGAUAGCACGUCUUUUCAAUAGUCCAUAAUUGAGCCACCAUGGUGGACUAUUUCCAAAUAUUAUGCGGAGCCCUGGUGUUGCUCCUAGCAUUUUACUACUACCUCACUUCAUCCUUCAACUAUUGGAAAAAGCUUGGCGUUGCCGGACCACGGCCCUUGCUGAUAUUUGGAAAUCUUAAAUCGACUACAUUGGCACAAGCGUCUAUGAGCGAUACCACAAGGAAAAUGUACAACGAAUUCAAAAACGAGCCAGUGUUCGGAAUCUACGGAGGCAGUGCACCAAUUUUGGUUGUUAAUGAUCUCGAUCUAGUCAAAGAUGUCCUCAUCGGAGACUUCUCCUUGUUUGCGUCUCGAGGACUACCCUUGUUUCCUAAGGUGGAUCGUUUAGGAGAGCAUCUCUUCAAUUUGGAGCCUGAAAUAUGGCGUCCACUGAGAGCAAGACUCUCGCCAGUGUUUACGUCUGGUAAACUUAAAGAAAUGUUCCCUCUCGUGAUAGAAUGUGGAAAACAUUUGGAGAAAUACUUGGACACAGUGACAAAAAAGGGAGAGCCUGUGGAAUGCCGAGAAAUAGCAGCGAAAUUUACAACUGAUGUGAUCGGUACCUGUGCCUUUGGAAUCGACAUGAACGCCAUCGCGGACGAGGAUAGUGAAUUUCGCAGGAUGGGCAGAGAAAUCUUCACUCCGUCCUUGAAACAGGUUAUUAGAGAUACGACAAGGCAAUUCUUCCCGGCGAUAUACGCACGACUAGGUCAUUUACUGCAGCCGACAAAGGUCACUGAUUUCUUUACGAAGGUGGUUAUGGACACAAUGAAAUACAGGGAAGAAAAAAAUGUGGUCAGACCUGAUUUCAUCAAUAUGCUCUUGGAGUUGAGGAGGAAUCCGAGUCAGUUGGAAAACAUUGAGUUGACGGAUUCGUUGCUGACCUCGCAAGCAUUUGUGUUCUUCUUAGGAGGAUUUGAAACGUCAUCGUCAACAAUAGGACAUGCACUUUAUGAACUAGCACUACAUCCAGAUAUACAAGACAAAUUACGUAAGGAAAUUCGAGAAAAUUUCGAAAAAAACGCGAGAGAGGGCAAAAAUUUAACAUACGACCAAGUCAAAGAAUUGAAGUAUUUGGAUGCAGUGUUUCAUGAAACGCUAAGGAAGCACCCGUUACUGCCGAUACUAAUGAGACAGGUGAAUACGAACUACACUUUUAAGGGCACGAAAAUCACAAUCCCUAAAGACACGAGGAUAUGGAUACCAGUAUAUGGAAUCCAUAACGAUCCCGAUAUUUACACAAAACCUGAGGUAUUUGAUCCUGAACGGUUUACCAAUAAUGGUAUUUCAACCAGGCAUCCUAUGAGCUUCUUGGCUUUUGGUGAUGGACCCAGAAAUUGCAUCGGAGCACGUUUUGCAUUUUACCAGACCAAGGUUGGACUUAUUUCCAUCCUUCGUAAUCACAAGGUCGAAGUCUGCGAGAAGACCACGAUUCCAUUCAAGUCUGAGAGCCGGGCGUUCUUGUUAUCACUUAAGGGAGGAGUAAUGUUAAAAAUGUCGAGAGUUGAAUAAUUUUUUGUUUGUUUUUAUAAACGUGUAUAUAAAACAAUAAAAGAAACAAUUGAUUAA